GACCGACUUGUGUUGGGACGCACAGAUUUUAUUUGGAAAGUGCAGACAGGAAGUGUUUUUUAUUUUGAAACCUUGACGGUGUCGGAGCAUCCUGACGUCUCCUCUGAGCUCAAAGUGAAAACGUCUGAUUCUUCCUCCUCUUCCUCCUCUUCCUCCUCUUCAUCACAGCAUCAGGCCUUCGUCGCCUGCACAGACUUUUAUUUUGAUGAUCUCUCUUCUCUUCCGCUCCUCCUGUCUCGUUUCACCUGAAUCUCUUUGUCACCGAUGGACUCCUCCGUCCUCAGCAUCAGCACCGGAGGGCCGGCGGGCCAGGCAGCACGGCAGGGAUUCAACCAACACACAUAGCAGCUCGCUGCACUUCUGAGGAAUCCCACAUCAGACUGAGCGGCCUCAACUGACCUCUGACCUCUGACUCAUCGUAAUCGAGCAUCGUCAUGACGAAGCAGAAAGUCGACGACGCCGACUGAUGAAGCUGGAACUGAAAUCUGCCGCCAGAAACACCAUGAGCGAGCUGAGGAGGAGGAGGACGCUGUGAGACGCUGAACGCAACAAGCUGGGGACAGACAGGAUGAGACGUGCUGAGUCUCACACGUCCCUGAUACUUUGACUCUGAAAACCUGGAAGAGUCCGAACGUUUCCAACCAAAAAUCAGAGACUUUUCUGACGAUGUAGAAGAAGAAGAAGAAGAAGCCGUGAUGAUUGUUGACCCCUGCACAAUAAUCCAGCUGUGAACCGACCAUGAUUGUCUCUGACUGACACAACAUCUGUACCAGAUCCAACUGUUUUGUGAAUGUGAAGAAAAACUCGUCACAGACUCAGACAGCAAAUACGAUUGUUUCACUUCAAAAGACUCGUUUUUAAACUAAAGAUUAACUCGACUAAAGUUUGAUCCUAAAAAGUGGCAUUUUAAGUUGGACAUAAAAAAGUGGACGAGCUGAUUGAGCUGCUGAUCUGAAACCUCAGGAGGUCAGAGGUCAGGAUGACACACCUCCACGCCGGCCUGAGCUCGGAGACGACGGAGAAAGCUCGUUUAGAGCUGAAUGAAAACCCCGACACUCUGCACCAGGACAUCCAGCAGGUGCGGGACAUGAUCGUGACGCGGCCGGACAUCGGUUUCCUGCGGACGGACGACGACUUCAUCCUCCGCUUCCUGAGGGCUCGAAAGUUCGACCAGAUGGAGACGUUCCGACUGUUGGCUCAGUACUUUCAGUUCAGACAGCAGAACCUCGACAUGUUCCAGAGCUUCAAGGUGGAUGACUCUGGUAAGCGAGCGUUGAUGGACGGUUUCCCCGGCGUGUUGGAGACUCCAGACCAACAUGGUCGAAAAAUCCUGAUCCUGUUCGCCUCCAACUGGGACCAGAGCAGGAACUCGUUCAUCGACAUCCUGCGGGCGAUUCUUCUCUCGCUGGAGGUUCUGAUUGAAAACCCCGAGCUCCAGAUCAACGGCUUCGUCCUCAUCAUCGACUGGAGCAACUUCUCCUUCAAACAGGCGUCCAAGCUCACGCCCAACAUCCUCAAACUCGCCAUCGAAGGUCUGCAGGACAGUUUUCCUGCUCGUUUUGGAGGAAUCCACUUUGUGAAUCAGCCGUGGUACAUCCACGCCAUGUACACCAUCAUCAAACCCUUCCUCAAAGACAAGACCAGGAAACGGAUCUUCCUCCACGGUAACAACCUGAACUCUCUGCACCAGCUCAUCCAGCCCGAGUGUUUGCCGUCAGAGUUCGGUGGGUCGAUGCCGCCGUACGACAUGGGCAUCUGGGCCCGAACGCUGCUGGGGCCAGACUACAACGACGAGACGGAGUACACGCUGACGUACGACGCUCUGCACGUCAGGGAGAACUGUGGAGGAGGAGGAGGAGGAGGAGACAAGGAGAUGAUGAAGAGGUCUCAGUCGGCGGUCGAACCAGGAACCCUCCGACAGAACGACAGAGAGACCAACACACCUCUUCUGGCCCUGGACUGAACACACACACACACACACACACACACACACACAGACACACACACACACACACACACACACACACACACACACACACACACACACACACACACAGACACACACACACACACACACACACAGUCUGUCUCUGAGCCAUGUGAUGUCAUCAGCAUCUGUUCUGACGUCAACAACUUAACUUUCUGUGAAAAAACCUGAUUUCAAACAUGGAAACUUUAUUUAAACCUGAGAUUCAAGUUAUGAGGAACGAGCAAGAAAACAACACUCAGAUAAAAACACAUUUGAGCUGGACGCAUCAACAAGGAGGAAUUUAAACUGAGAUUAGUUUCAUCAUAGUUUAUUAGAUACGAGUUUAAAAUGCUCUACGUUUUUUCCCACAAAGCUUUGGGGGAAGUAUGAUGAUGUCACAUAAAUGAUCAUCUGACGUUACAGCUGAAAUAAACCAUAGUUUCUGUAACGUGAGGAUUAGCAACGGAGCUAAAUAACUAAUGUGAGAUUCUCACCAACUCUGCAGCUUUCAGCCGGUUCCAGAUCCUGGUUUGGUUUUUUUGGUUCAGCCACGAGCGGUGGAGACCAAACAUGGAGAUAGAGAGAGGAAACACCAAACUUCAGCUCUGCUGCCCCCAAGUGGAAAGAAAAAACAACUGAUUCAGUUUCAAAAAAGUUUUUACAUUAAACUUGUUCGACGAGAUGUGAUUUAAAUCCAGGUUUAAAAAUCCUUGUUAAAAAUCCCGUGUUUUCUGAGCUGCGAAUCAAAAAUCUGAAUCAGUUUCAUUCUAAAUGAUUCAUCCACCUGCUGGAGUGUUAAAUAAACUGGAACGUCUCAAAGUGUGAAACUGACCUGAUGGAGGAAACAUCCGCUUCACUUUGGUAGAAGAAUAAUCUCCAUUUUUUCCUUUAAUGUGAAACAACAACAUCACAUCAAGCCAGACCAUCAUUGCACACGCAUUUCAAAAUAAGAGCACUGCACAUGUCUCACACUGUAAACCAGCUGUUGGUCUUCUGCCAGGAUGAAAUGUUCUUUCUUUGCGCUGUGAAGAAACGAUCAGCUUCAACCUCCUGCACUGAAUGUUGGUUUUUAUUCAAGAUUGUAUAUUAUUGUAUUAUUACACUGCAAAAACAGUGUCACGCUCGUCCAGUCGCUCUUACCCUGAGACGUUGGAAGUGAAAUCAUCUUCAUGUCCUGUGACAGAAAUAAAUGAGAUUUCUGAAAAUAUGUGAAUAGAUAAAAACAAGUUGAUGAUUUCACUAAAACGUGUCCAGACAUCAAGUUGAUUAUUCAUAAAAACUAAGAGUGACUUGAAGCGUGUGAUGAUUUUGUUGUGUUGACUCAUCAUCAGGGCUACACUGGUCUCCACUCGACUGUGAUGUAAUGUAUUUCCUUUCAAUGAAUGUAUAGAAUUAAACAUUUACACCAA